AUGCCAAGAUGUAACCAAUUUGUGUCCUGGCCCGGAAGCCAGCCGCGUGAACUUUACCUGCGACACUGCUCUGAACGUCUCACAGCCUCACAACCAUUCAUUUUUCUCAAUUCACCGUCGCAACCAAUAAGUCCUUUGCCAAGUCCCAGGGGCAGCAGUUUCACUCUAGCCUUACAUUCGCAUCAGGCAGCUCUUGCGCCUCAUUGCUUGAACUCUGCACAUGGCGCUCGCAUUCGGAGCCGGCUCGUGAAUCAAUGCUGCUUACGUGCGGAUGGCAUUCACGGCAGCCAAAGCAACCUUAAUUUAUUAGUGCCCGUUGGGCUUGGCGGGUUGAAACCUUGUUCAUAUAAAUACGGACCACAGUCCUCUACAUGUCGUGGAAUCAGGAUCAGAAGCAUCAACAAAACUCAAGUUAGCAUCCUUUUUGAACUGCAAACUCUUCCCCCACUUCAAGCAACAUCCGCAAUCAUCAUGCCCCCCAGCAUCGAAGCCCCUCCAUCUCUGUACAUCAACAUCCAUACCACGGAUGCGGCAGCCGCCGAAAAGUUCUUUAAGGGCCUUGGAUUUAAUUUCAUCUCAGAGUUCUCGGACACGAAGUCCAGGGCCUUUCGUCUCCCAGAGCCAAAUGCAAAUGUUGGCGUCAUGAUCCAUAUGCACGAGCGCUUCAAGGAAUUCAUUCGACCAAACACGGUCAUCACUGAUGCGCACAAGGAAACUGAAUGCUUGUUCAGCAUCAGCCUCGAAAAGAAGGAAGAUGUGGAUGCGUGGAUCAACAAAGUCGUUGAGCUUGGUGGAACUGCCGACCCGUUUACAAUGAAGGAUUAUGGCGCGGAGUGUAACAUGUAUUCACGCAGCUUUACGGAUUUGGAUGGCCAUAUCUGGGAGGUUCUUGCUCUUACUAAGUAA